CCGGCAGCUGCCCGGCGCUGUCAGCGCCUGUCCCGCACGGAGCUGGGCUGCAGCGGCUGCAGAGCCACAGGGGCCGGGGCUGCGGGGAGCGCAGAGCUCCCGGAGGCUGCGCUUGUCUCCGCAGCUGCUGCCGCAGCCCUGGGGAGCGGGGACAGCGCAGCCAGAGCCGGCACCGCCCUGCUGAGCCUCGGGGUCCCGCGGGGCCGGCACCGGCAGUAGUGACCUCGCAUCGUGUCCCUUUCAGGGUGCCACCACCGCGGGUGUAAAGCUGUUCCCGAGGCGAUCUCCGAGGGGCUUUGUCUACACUCCUGAUGGCUGGGGAGACAGAUCUGUUACCUCCAGGAAUAACUAUUACCUUCAGCUCGACACAUCCUGACCAGGAGCUGGAGGAGAAUGAAUUGUGCACCAUUCAUGGAGUUGAGCAGUUCGUGCAUCUCCAGGAGGGUCCAGCAGCCAGGGUUCCACACUUGCCUGGGGUGCAAGAGACCAAUUCUGAGCGUGAAGUGAGUGAAGAUGUGGAGAAUGGAUUCUGCAGCACUGAUGGGAGUGUGAGGGAGCCCCUGCGUCCCCAGGGCACAUCAGCGACCAGCAAUGAACACAAAAGGAUCCUCAGAAGAUUCCUGGGUGAAUGGUUCAGCUCCCAUCCCGUGCUCACGGCGGUGCUGAUUCUGCUGCUCCUGGUGCUGGUGCUGGCUUUGGGGGUGGCCUUGGCUGUGCAGUCAGCACCACAGGUUCCAGUCACACCUGCGACUCCGCAGUUGGUUCUGGGCUGUCCCCGUGGCUGGGUUGGGUCCAAUGGGGUCUGCUACUACUUGUCAAGGGAUUACAGGAGCUGGGAUUCGGCUCAGGAACAGUGCUCGGAGCUCGGGGCCUCCCUGGCCAUUCUCCAGGAUGAGGCCAUGGUGAGUGAGGGGUUGCGGGCGGUGUGGGGUGGCUGA